AUGAAGGAGCUGUUCUCGCCCCGCACGCGAUUUACAACCUGGCGCAAGCUCUGGCUCGCUCUUGCUGAGGCCGAGAAGGAUCUUGGCUUGGAUAUCUCCGAUGACGCCAUCGACCAGAUGCGCAAGCACCUGGUCAUUCAGGACGAGGAGUUCCCCACUGCCGCCGAGGAGGAGAAGCGCCGCAGACAUGAUGUCAUGGCCCACGUCCACACCUUCGGCCUCGUGGCCCCCGCCGCCGCCGGCAUUAUCCACUGGGGUGCUACCUCCUGCUACGUCACCGACAACGCCGACCUCAUCCUCUACCGCGAUGCUCUGGACAUGCUGUGCCACAAAGUCUGCGGUGCGAUCCAAAAGCUGAGCAAGUUUGCCCAGCAGUACGCCGCUCUCCCAUGCCUGGCAUACACCCAUCUUCAGCCCGCACAAUUGACCACGGUUGGCAAGCGCGCGUGCCUUUGGAUCCAGGAUCUUCUGAUUGACUUGAAGAACCUUGAGAGGGCGCGUGAUGACAUGAGGUUCCGUGGUGUUAAAGGUACCACCGGCACUCAGGCCUCCUUCCUCCAGAUUUUCAACGGCAGCCACGAGAAGGUCGAGAAGCUCGAUGAGCUCGUCACGUACAAGAGCGGCUUCCGUGAUGCCUUUACCAUUACCUCGCAGACCUACUCCCGCAAGGUUGAUGCCGACAUUGUCAACGCUCUUGGAUCCUUUGGUGCCACCUGCGAGAGAAUAGGUGGCGACAUCCGCCACCUUGCCUCCUUCAAGGAGCUCGAGGAGCCUUUCGAGAAGGACCAGAUUGGUUCGUCCGCCAUGGCCUACAAGCGCAACCCCAUGCGCUCUGAGCGUAUGUGCAGUCUGGGUCGCCACCUGCAGAGCCUGCCCCAGAACGCGCUCCACACCUAUUCUGCCCAGUGGUUCGAGCGCACGCUCGACGACAGCGCCAACCGCCGCAUCACGCUCCCGGAGGCGUUCCUGACUGCCGAUGCAUGCUGUCUUCUCAUGGACAACAUCUCGUCUGGCAUGGUUGUCUACCCCGAGGUCAUCAAGAGCCGCGUAAUGCAGGAGCUUCCCUUCAUGGCCACCGAGAACCUCAUCAUGGCCAUGGUGGCCAAGGGCCACAGCAGGCAAGACGCUCAUGAGGAGAUUCGUGUGCUCAGCCACCAGGCCAGCCAGGUCGUCAAGGGCGAGGGUGGCCAGAACGACCUCAUUGAGCGUGUCAAGAAGUGCCAGUUCUUCGAGCCCAUCUUCGGCGAGAUUGACAGCCUCCUCGACCCCAAGACUUUCAUUGGUAGGGCGCCGGAGCAGGUCAUGAAGUUCACCGGUGCUGGUGGAGAGGUUGUUCGUGCGCUGGCCAAGUACGAGGGCAAGGUUAUGAUCGCCGACGUAGCCGACCUACACGUCUAG